GCAGCCGCCAUCUUGGCUCCACUGCCUGGAAUAGAAUUGCGGUUUUUCCGGUCUUCAGUGUGGCAGGGCCAGACUUCCUGCCUCUCCUCAGGGAAACUGCUCUCUGCUACCUUGCCCGGCCUCGUGGCCCCUCUCCAGGCAGGAAAGACUCCCCGCUCCUGCCGCCCCAGCGCAGGUGCUGGGGAGCUGCCCCCUGCCUAGUCUGCAGUCUUUCCCUUAACAAACAUGGCGGCCGCGGCGUCACUCCGCCCGCAGGAAGGGGCGGGCCGAGCCGGGCCGCUGAGGGAAGGUGCUGCCGGCUCAGGGCUAAGGUACCCGGGCAAGGGAUACUUCCUGCGGUCACAGGUGUUGAAAUUGGAGAAAGUGCUCUCUGGAUUGCACUAUGGACAGCACAAAGGAAAGUGGUGAUGUCUCUUCUGAUAAUGGGUUUCUGCUUCGAGUGGGCCUCAAUGAUAAUAAAGCUGGAAUGCAAGGACUGGAUAAAGAAAAAAUCAACAAAAUCAUAAUGGAGGCCACCAAGGGUUCCAGAUUUUAUGAAAAUGAGCUUAAAAAAGAUCAACAAGUUAACCAACGCAUUGAAAAAAUGAUGCAGCUGAAAGAGAAAAUUACCAGCCAGCAGCUCUUGAAAGCACAGCUCCAGGUUGACAAACUUGUGAUGGAGCUAGAACAAAGCCGUGACCUCAGCUGCACUAUUGUCCACAUUGACAUGGAUGCCUUUUAUGCAGCAGUAGAAAUGAGGGACAACCCAGAGCUGAAAAAAAAACCUAUAGCAGUGGGAUCAAUGAGUAUGUUGUCAACUUCAAACUACCAUGCUAGGAGAUUUGGAGUACGUGCAGCUAUGCCGGGAUUUAUUGCUAAGAAAUUGUGCCCACAUCUUACCAUAGUCCCAUUAAAUUUUGAAAAAUACGGACAAGUGAGCAAAGACGUUAGAAAAAUCCUGGCUCAGUAUGAUCCAAAUUUUAUGCCUGUGGGCCUUGAUGAAGCCUACCUGAACAUAACAGAGUACUUGGAGGAAAGACAGAACUGGCCUGAAGAUAAAAGAAAAUACUUCUACAAAACAGACAACAUUACAGAAAAUGGUAAACAAGAUCUAAAUACACCUGAUGAACUGAAAUUGAAUGAAGAUGCACUCUCCUCUUCACUAAUAUUGUUUGAAGAUAACACUUCUCUGGCAGAGGAACAACCUAUCACUACUACUCACCUCCACACUGAAGAGCAGAGAGAUCAGCAGUUGUUAAAUUCAAUUGUCUUUGGAACUUCUGCCGAGGAAGUUGUGAAGGAAAUACGCUUCAGGAUUGAGCAAAAAACCAGACUGACUGCUAGCGCAGGAAUUGCUCCAAACACUAUGUUAGCAAAAAUGUGCAGUGAUCAGAAUAAGCCUAAUGGACAAUUCAGAAUUCCUCCUGAUAGACAAGCUGUGAUGGACUUCGUAAAAGAUUUGCCCAUUAGGAAGGUGCCUGGUAUAGGAAAAGUAACAGAGAAGUUGUUAAAAGCUCUUGGAAUUUUGACUUGCUCGGAACUUUACCAGCAGAGGGCACCAAUUUCUCUUCUUUUUUCAGAAACAUCUUGGCGUAACUUCUUGGAUAUCUCACUUGGUUUGGGGUCAACCCAUUUGGAAAAGGAUGGAGAAAGGAAAAGUAUGAGCACUGAAAGGACAUUUGGUGAAAUGAACACAGCUGAAGAUCAGUAUGACCUGUGUCAGGAACUCUGCAAAGAUCUUGCUCAGGACCUUCAGAAAGAAGGACUUAAGGGUAAAACUGUUACUCUGAAGUUGAAAAAAGUGAAUUUUGAAGUGAAAACAAGAGCUUUCACCGUGUUGUCUUCAGUUUCUACUGAAGAAGAAAUAUUUGCUGUUGCUAAAGAGCUGUUAAGGACAGAGAUUGAUAGUGUUGCCCCUCACCCUUUGCGAUUAAGGCUUAUGGGUGUGCGUGUCUCAGGUUUCCUAAAUGAAGGAGACAAGAAAUACCAACAAAGGAGCAUUACUAAUUUCUUAAAACAAGGCAAAGAAACUACUGUACUUAGGCUUCAACCAGGGAAAUCCAACGAGGACCAUUUUACAAAACCUCCAGAAACAUCUCCCAGAGAGAGCUUUUUUGAUAAAAAGAGAGCAGCAAGGCAAAACGCCAACCAGGAGCCUUUUAUAAAUGAAGCAGUGGACAAGCAGAACUUGCAUGGUAUGAAGUCAUCAGUAAAUCCCAUGGAAGAAACAGGUCCAGCCAUAGGCUCAAAAAAUUCUAAUGAAGUGAAGAACCUAACCUGCCCUGUUUGUUUUGAGGAACAAAGGAGCAGCAGUUUGGAAGCACUUAACAGACAUAUUGAUGAGUGCCUCAACAAGACCCUGGUAAAAGAGAAGACAGCGACAUCAAAGAGUGCAAAUUCAAGAGAGAAUACACACAAUUUGUCUCCAUACAUUAAACAUAAAACCAGUGAUACAGAUACAAAAAAUAAAAUGAACACAUUAGUGGAUGUAGGGCACCCAUCAAAUGUUUCUGACAACUCUAUCAGCAAUAGUACAGAAGCGUUUGCUAUAGUACCUAGUAAAUCCAGAGCAGAAAAAGAGCAUAGCCUGAGUAGUGAAACUUCUAGCUAUUUGUACUUAGACCAGAAUGUUUCUUCCAGAAUUUCAUUGGAAAAUGCAGAACGUUGUGAAAAGUCUGAAUGUGUGGAAGAAAUUAGGUCUUAUUCCUCUACAGCCAUUCAAGAUGACAUUCUAGUUUGUCCAGUUUGUAACUUAGAACAAAAAACAACAGAUCUUGCAGUGUUCAAUAGGCAUGUGGAUGUUUGCUUAAAUAAAGGCAUUAUUCAGAAGUUGACAGAGGAGAGAGUUUGUCCCCUUAAGAAUCAUAUUACAGUAAAUUCAAAAAGAAUUGGAAGCCUGGGCAAAGCACCUCAGAGUAUGAAUCCCACAACAGGAACAAAAAGGUCUGGAUUAAUACCUCUACAGUCAACAUCAAAGAAAGCCAAAACAUGCAAUUCCAGUCACACAAUUGAAACAUUUUUUAAAUGAAUACAUGGCAAAUUAUUUUAUAUGAAGACUUUCAUAAUAUUUUAUGAUUACAAAUUAGUUUGGUAUAGGUAAUGGGUUUGGACUCUGAUUCCUUUAAUUUUAGAAGCAUUACAAACCCCGUAAGAUGAAAACAACCCUUAAGACAGAGGAAUGAGCAGAGAGAUCACUCAAAUUAUUAUUUAUUAACUAAAUUGUGUUGGGGGAGUGUGUGAUGGCAGUAGGCUUUGUUUUGUUUAUCUUGAAAAUGUGGAGAUGCAGGAUUUUGGAGUCAGGAAUAAUCCAUCUUUGAUUGAUAGUGACUGAUAGUAAUUAUGUGAUGGUGCUUGGAUUAUGGAUAAUCAAUGAAAAAUGAGUUGGGCUCAAUUCAGUUCAUGGUAGGCAGAUAAUAACAGCGCAAAGCUUAGUUUGUGCCUUAAUUAAUAAUCUCAAGAAAGAGGGGGGAAAUUUAAGGCUGAAUCCAUCUUCCAUUAAAGACAGUGACUUCAGUAUGAGCUGCUGGGCCAAGCUUGAAGAGGUCAAUCCUAAAUGUUGCUUAGUGUUUUUAUGAUAUGUUGAGUGCUCUUAAUUUCCAAUGACUUCAAAAGCCUUGCCAUAAUGAUGAUUUACUAAGCAUGAAAAGUGGGAUGCUUCCAGAAUAGGCUGAGUUGCACUCUCUGCACUUCACUUCUACUGGAGAUAUAGAGAGCUUCAGUUUCCUGUGCAAUCAUUAAUCCAACACUUUUCAAAAGUACUAAAUUCACUUUAAUAAAAAUAAAGGCAAAUAUAGUGCAAUAUUAAUAUGAAUCAUGCAAAUAUGCAUGCUAAAAUAACUGCUCUUGAUAAAUUGAUAAAGGAAAUGACCUUCCUAUUGUGAUUACAUUUUUUCUUUCUUUAUGAAAAAUAUAUGUGUAAUUCUGUAUAAACCACGUUUUUAUGGUAAUUUGUGAUGCAGAAAGACAUGAAGCAAAAUUAUUUAUUGAAAACGUUGUAUUUACAUUAUUUCCUCAAAUUUCAGCAUAUUUAAAUAUUUAAUGUUUAUAAUAAAAUGUGCCUAUAAUGUAAUAUUUUUUCAAGCAUACCAUUUUAUAACAGCGUUACAAUUCUUGGAUAUUUUUUUUAAAAAGAACUCACCAACCUAAAAAUUAUCAUUCAAAAUCAGCGUAAUCAUAAAAGAAAAUGUCAACCACAAAUGCAUUUGCCCAUAUUAGCUAUGUGGGGACUAAUUUGGUUUACAAAAAAACAUGUUCAGCAGGAUUUGUUUUAUGGGUGUGGCUGUGCUUCAGUGUACAUCUGUCUAAACAAGAUGUAUUAACCCUCUAUCUAAAUUGGUGGAUUACUAAAUUUUGUGUGUUAAUAUGAGGCCUAGUUGUAUUAAAAAAGUAUAGAACCUGA